AUCAACUGGAUCGUUAAUAUGAUGUGUUGUUUUAUUGAAUUUUUACGUAAUAUUUAUUGUAUGAGUUCACGUUGAAACAAAACUAUAUAGGGUAUCUACACAGUGGGAUAAAUGACAGAGGAAUGCCAAGUCGUAAAAACGAGGACGAAGAGCCGUUUAUUCAACUACACGAAGGGGCAGAAAAUAUAACUAUGAACUCAAUGAAUUUGCCUGACAACAUGACGGAAUUAAUACAUUGUCAUGAUCUUAGGCUGGUGACAUCAAACAGAAAAGCAUGGAAAAAAUUGAUAAUUGCUAGUACUUUAUGUUUUAUUUUUGCCGUAGGAGAAGUAGUUGGUGGUAUCUAUGCUGGAAGUUUGGCUAUAAUGACAGAUGCCGCACACAUGUUUUCUGAUUUUGGGACAUUUUGUAUAAGUAUGUUUGCUCUUUAUAUUGCCAAGAAACAGGCAAAUCAUAAACGAACAUUUGGACUUUACCGUGCAGAAAUACUUGGUGCUGUAUUAUCUGUCCUUGUCAUAUGGUUUUUAACAGCAGUAUUAGUAUAUAUGGCAGUACAUCGGAUCAUGCAGAAAGAAUAUAACAUUGAUGCAAAUAUCAUGAUUUUUACAGCUUCAUUUGGUGUUUGUGUCAAUGUUGUCUUGGGUUGCAUCCUUCAUGAAUCAGGUGUGGCUCAUUCACAUGGUGGCAUGCAUUCUCAUCAUUCUGCAGAUGAGAAAAAUAUAAAUGUCAGGGCAGCAUUUAUUCAUGUCGUUGGUGAUACUGUUCAAAGUAUUGGGGUACUUAUUGCUGCACUAGUCAUCAAAUUUAAGCCUGGAUGGGCGGUUGCUGAUCCAAUAUGCACAUUUCUCUUUUCAUUCUUGGUUCUGUUAACAACGAUCGGUAUUUUACGAGACGCACUUCAUAUUUUAUGCGAAGGCUCGCCCAAAUCAUUUGAUUAUUUUCAAGUCAAAUCAAUGUUGAAGGAUAUACCUGGAGUGAUGAUGGUUCACAAUUUACAUAUUUGGUCUUUGAAUGUCGAUAAACACUGUUUGACGGCUCAUUUAGCAAUUGACCUAAAUAUUGAUUCUCAGGAUAUUCUCCAGCAAGCAUUACAGUUACUGAAGGAACAGUUCCGAUUAUUUCACAUAACACUUCAGGUGGAAACAUACCAACCAGCUGUCAUGUCAUCCUGUCCCGACUGUUUGACACUAAAUGCACCAAUUAACUCUUGAAAUUACAUUUUUGGGGGGGAUUGAUUUUUAUUGAUUAUAUUAUACAAAUUAGCAGAUAAAUGUCUUAAUUAUGUAGGUAUAUAAUUUUAAACUGUAAAAUAAUUGCUAUAAAAUAAAAUUGUAAAAUUGAGUUUGAACGAAUCAACUACAAUCUUAACAUUUUCUUAGUCCACGUCUUUAAGCAUAGUGCAAUCCAUUGAAUUUCUUUCAGACAGUAUUUAACGUUAGUGCAUGAUGAUUGAAAUGGCAUCACCAUUUGUUCGGCUGUUCGGGUAGUUGAGAUUACAAAACACGCGUAAUCGAGAUUACAAAAAGCAUGACAUGAUUUUGAGGUGAUAAAAUGUUUCAAAGUGAGGAUGCGCAAGGACGGUGUUGCUGCCUUUUUUUCAAGAUCAAGGGGUUGGGCAAAAAUUUUAAAAUGCGCUAAAAGUCCUUACCACUUAAAAAUCAUUGUUUAUUUACAAAUUUGACGUGUAAGGAAAUGUUUUUGACGUGCAUUUUGACGUGUAAGGAAAUGUUUGGAGAACGUUUUGGAAAAAAUCGAAACACUAAUAUAUAAACAUUUGUAAGUCUAGACAUUUUUUAUAAUAUGACUGUAUCAAUGUGUCUUAAAAGACAACCACAUAAAUUGCUAAUAAAA